UUUUUUUUCUUUUUCGUUUUAAUGUGAGUCGAAUUCUUACUCGUCAAACAUACUGCGGGGCCGUUGAUCUACCGUUAUUACUCUCUUCUUCUCCUGCAUUUUGCCAUUCUUAUCCUUUCCCCGCUUCUGUUACCCCACCAGCCCCGGCUUUCUUCACCUUUGUCGUCUUGCGCCACCUUUCAAGUAGGACAACAAACUUUUAUCCACCUACGUGCUUUUGGAGAAGUAAAGGUCAUUUGCCCUUUUUGCUCAUUGUGCAUACACACAAGACCCGCAACAAGACACAGCUUUACUCCUCUUCUUCACUCUAUACACAAAUACUCUUCCCAAAAAGCAUAAAAGCAAGCAUCUCUUUGGAAAACAUUUAUCCCUUCUUCCCCACCUUUCAUCCUCCUCAUCUCUUCAUCUGAGGAUCAACAACAACAACUACCUCCUUCCAUCCAUCUCACCACUUCUCACAUACAUUCAUCAUGGUCAGCCUAAAGCGUAUCGAAGAUAGGCCAACACCGCCAGAGGUGUACAAUUGGCGCAUUUGGAUGCUAGCUGCCAUCGCUGCAAGUGCUGCCAUUAUGAUCGGUUAUGACUCUGCUUUCGUUGGUGGAGCAAUCGUUCUAAAAGGUUUCGAUAAUGAUUUCGGUAAAUUGGAUGUAUCAACGAAGGCAAACUUGGUUUCAACUUAUCAAGCAGGUGCUUUCUUUGGUGCAUUCGCAGGUUAUCCUUUAGGUCACUUUAUCGGACGUAGAUGGGGUAUCACCAUUUGCGCAAUCGUUUUCACAAUCGGUGCAAUCAUCAUGGUUAUCGCAAACAAAUCAACAGGUCUUGGUCCAAUCUUUGGCGGUCGUGCUUUGGCAGGUUUAGGUAUCGGUGCAGCAUCAAACUUGGCUCCAAUUUACAUCUCCGAAAUUGCCGUUCCAGCCAUUCGUGGUCAACUUGUUGGUCUUUAUGAAAUCGGAUGGCAAAUUGGUGGUUUGGUUGGUUUCUUCAUCAACUAUGGUGUCUCGGUCAAUUUGGCCCCUAAUACUGAACAAUGGCGUAUUCCUUUUGCCAUUCAAAUCAUCCCAGGUGGUUUGUUAGUCUUGGGUGCUCCUUUCUUGAUCGAAUCUCCACGUUGGUUGCUCACCCGUAAUCGUAACGAAGAAGCUGCGACAAAUUUGUCAAGAAUCCGUAACUUGGACGGUGACCAUCCAUACAUCGUUGAAGAAUUACGUGAAAUGCAUUCCGCAGUCGACAAAGAACGUAAAUUGUUGGGUUCUGAUAGUUUCUGGGCACCAUUCCGUGAAACAUUCGGCACUUCUCGUGUUCUUUGGCGUUUGGUUUUGGGUUCAAGCAUGUUCGUCUUCCAAAAUGGUACCGGUAUCAAUGCAAUCAACUACUACUCGCCAACCGUUUUCUCAUCCCUCGGUAUCACAGGUGCAAACACUGGUCUAUUAACAACUGGUAUCUUUGGUGUUAUCAAGACUUGUGGUGCAAUUGUUUGGAUCUUAUUCUUGAUCGAUAACUUGGGUCGUAGAAGAAUUUUAAUGACAGGUGCCUCAAUCUGCAGUAUGGCUAUGCUUGCCAUUGCUAUCUACAUUGCCGUUGCCAAGCCUGCUGAUCACGCUGGUGAAGGUUUGACUGACGUUGGUCGUUUCGCUCUUGCUUGCUUCUAUAUCUGGACACUAGGUUAUGGUUGCACAUGGAAUGGAACUCCAUGGGUUAUCGGUUCAGAAAUCUUCCCUCAACAAUCAAGAACAUUGGGUAUGGCAUGCAUGGCAGCCUCAAACUGGUUGUACAACUUUGCCAUCUCCAUGGGUACACCACGUGCUUUCCUUAACAUCGGAUGGGGAUUCUACUUGAUCUUCUGCGUUGUGACAUUGAUCUCUAUCCCAUACGUCUUCUUCCUCUUGCCUGAAACAAAGGGUGUUCCAUUGGAACAUAUGGACCGCUUGUUCGAAAUGCGCCCAAGAUACAAUGCAGGACCACGUCUACUUGCCGAAUUGCAAGUCGAACACUCUCAAUCAUUCACUAACUCUCAUGCUGGAAAUGUAGACGCAUUCGGUGCACAUGAUCGUGACUCAAACGGUCAGAAUAGUUUCACCGAAUCAGAAGAAAAGAACAAUUUGAACAUCAACAAUGCUGAUGCAGGCGCAAAAUACGCUUAAACUUAUUGAUGCGUUCAUUUUCUACUCUUUUUUCUGGUUUUCACGAUAUAAUGGGGUCCCUUAUGGGAAAGCAAAUCAACCAAAACUGUAUUAUUUAUAUAUUCUUUCAUGGUGCAUGAAUUAAUGGUC